CAUGCCCCCCGCGCUACCCACUACGCUGCCGCAGUCAGGCCGCAUCUGGACGGGGCGCCGCGCGGCGGGGCCGACUCCGGGCCACAAUGCUGCUCGGGGCAUCUCUGGUGGGGGUGCUGCUGUUCUCCAAGCUGGUGCUGAAACUGCCUUGGACCCAAGUGGGGUUCUCCCUGCUGUUCCUCUACCUGGGGUCUGGAGGUUGGCGCUUUGUCCGAAUCUUCGUCAAGACCAUAAGGCGUGAUAUCUUUGGCGGCAUGGUACUCUUCAAGGUGAAGUCAAAGGUCCGGCGGUACCUGCGGGAGCAGCGGACAGUGCCCAUUUUGUUUGCCUCUACGGUACAGCGCCACCCCGACAAGACAGCCUUGAUCUUUGAGGGCACAGACACCCACUGGACCUUCCGCCAGCUGGAUGAUUACUCCAGCAGCGUGGCCAACUUCCUGCAGGCUCGGGGCCUGGCCUCAGGCGACGUGGCUGCUCUCUUCAUGGAGAACCGCAACGAGUUUGUGGGCCUGUGGCUAGGCAUGGCCAAGCUGGGCGUGGAGGCAGCACUGAUCAACACCAACCUCCGGCGGGAUGCCCUGCGCCACUGCCUGACCACUUCCCAGGCCCGCGUCCUCAUCUUCGGCAGCGAGAUGGCCCCAGCCAUCUUUGAAAUCCAAGGCAGCCUGGACCCCUCGCUCAGCCUCUUCUGCUCCGGCCCCUGGGAGCCAAGCACAGUGCCCGCCAGCACAGAGCACCUAGACCCCCUGCUGGAGGAAGCCCCCAAGCACCUGCCCAGUCGUCCCAACAAGGGCUUCACAGAUAAGCUCUUCUACAUCUACACAUCGGGCACCACGGGGCUGCCCAAAGCCGCCAUCGUGGUGCACAGCAGGUACUACCGCAUGGCCGCCCUGGUAUACUACGGAUUCCGGAUGCGGCCCGACGACAUUGUCUACGAUUGCCUGCCCCUCUACCACUCCGCAGGAAACAUCGUGGGCAUGGGGCAGUGCCUACUGCAUGGCAUGACCGUGGUCAUCCGGAAGAAGUUCUCAGCCUCCCGGUUCUGGGACGACUGUAUCAAGUACAACUGCACGAUCGUGCAGUACAUCGGUGAGCUGUGCCGCUACCUCCUGAACCAGCCGCCCCGGGAGGCGGAGCACCAGCACCGGGUGCGCAUGGCACUCGGCAACGGCCUCCGCCAGUCCAUCUGGACCGACUUUUCUAGCCGUUUCCACAUCCCCCAGGUGGCCGAGUUCUACGGGGCCACAGAAUGUAACUGCAGUUUGGGCAACUUCGACAGCCAGGUGGGCGCCUGUGGCUUCAACAGCCGCAUCCUGUCCUUUGUGUACCCUAUCCGGCUGGUACGCGUCAACGAGGACACCAUGGAACUGAUCCGGGGGCCCGACGGCGUCUGCCUUCCCUGCCAGCCAGGGGAGCCGGGCCAGCUGGUGGGCCGGAUCAUCCAGCAGGAUCCCCUGCGCCGCUUCGACGGCUAUCUGAACCAGGGUGCCAGCAACAAGAAGAUCGCCAAGGAUGUGUUCCAAAAGGGGGACCAGGCCUACCUCACUGGCGACGUGCUGGUGAUGGACGAGCUGGGCUACCUGUACUUCCGAGACCGCACAGGAGACACAUUCCGCUGGAAAGGGGAGAACGUGUCCACCACCGAGGUGGAGGGCACGCUCAGCCGCCUGCUGGCCAUGGCUGACGUGGCCGUGUAUGGUGUGGAAGUGCCAGGAACCGAGGGCCGGGCCGGAAUGGCUGCUGUGGCCAGCUCUGCCAGCGACUGUGACCUGGGGCACUUCGCGCAGCUGCUGGAGAAGGAGCUGCCCCUGUACGCCCGCCCUAUCUUCCUGCGCUUCCUGCCGGAGCUGCACAAAACAGGGACCUUCAAGUUACAGAAGACAGAGCUUCGGAAGGAAGGCUUUGACCCGGCGGUUGUGAAAGACCCGCUGUUCUACCUGGAUGCCCGGAAGGGCCGCUACGUCCCGCUGGACCAAGAGGCCUACACCCGCAUCCAGGCAGGCGAGGAGAAGCUGUGAUUUGCCCCGAGUCCCUCUAAGGGCCAGCGGGUGCUGGAUCCAGAGCCCCAGCUCCCACCCCAGAGGGGUCCAGGGCAAUGCCAGACCAAAGCAAGCAGGGCCCGGCACCUCCACCCCGAGGUGCUGGCCCCCUCCCCCUCAAAACUGCCAAGUGACUCACUGCCGCCUCCCCCUGCCCCCCAGAAGGCUUUCUGUGAAAGCCUCAAGUCCAUGUUCUGUCUUCAAGGCCAGGUGGGGCCUCUGGCCCCAGGCUGAGACAGACCGGGCCCCUUACGAUGAUGUCUUGGGUAGGGCAGGGGCAGGUGGAAGGUUGCCAAGCACUCUCCAGAACGCAGGGAGCUUGUAAAUGGGACCAGGGCAGAAACCCCCAGACUCAGGAAGCCAGCAGAGUGGGCAGGGGCUGCAGGAGGAGGAUCAGCCUGGGAGCUGUUCCAGUGUCACUCAGCACUGUCUGAGCCUCCAGGAGGAUCGGAGGAGGACAGCAGCCUGCAGCGACCUGCCACGGGCGGCCUGGAUUGGGUGCGCCUCCCUGUCCUCCACCCCGCCCCCUGCCUUCCUCGUCUCCUGGGUGGCAGCCUGGCUGCCCCUCAGGCAGGACCUUUCUCCUUGUAGGUCUGUCCCAUCACUUUCUCCAUCGCAGUCCCCGGCUGGCUAUGAGAGGAGGAGGGGUGGGGGGGGGUCUUUCAGGGGCCAAUAAACUGCCUUGACUCCCCCUA